GAGAGAGAGAGAGAGAGAGAGGAGAGAGAGAGGGAGGCUCAGAGAGUUCAGCAGCAUGGGGGGUCUGUCAAACUCCGCAAGGUAAGACCCUGGUGGACACGCGCGCGCACACAGGCAGUUUAAGCUUUAAACUGAAAUAAAGCUGAUAAACGUGACUGUGUGGAUGGGUGGGACGCUGACACUGACUGAGGGGCAUGCUGCUUUAUCUGAUCUGAGAGAACUGAACCACGAGGAGAAACUUGGAAAACUGGGAUUACAUUUGUCUCACGCGCGUGCACGUGUCUUCUCUGCGGUGCGGUUUUGCCUGUUUUGCUGUGAAUGGACGUGCAGGUUGUUGGUGUCAACCUCUGAGAUCAGCUGGAGCUUCUAAACCCAGAAGAAGAGGAGUGAGGUUUGGCUCCGAGCAGCGCUGGAACGCACAGCCUGCUGUAGCUGAAGCGUAUCCCCUCUCCUGGUGAUUAUUCGGUGGUAAUGAUGGCCCCCCCUAAGCGCGGAGGCCGGGGUCUGUCCUUCCUUUUCUGCUGUAUGAAGGGCAGUGACCACCCGGAGAUUACGUACCGUCUGCGGGAGGGCAGCAGCUUCACCCUGCAGACCAUGGAGCCCGCCCUGCCCAUGCCCCCCACAGAGGAACUGGACGCCAUGUUCUCCGAACUGGUGGAUGAGCUGGACCUCACAGAUAAACACAGAGAGGCCAUGUUCGCUCUGCCUGCCGAGAAGAAAUGGCAGAUCUACUGCAGCAAGAAGAAGGAGCAGGAGGAGAAUAAAGGAGCAACAAGCUGGCCAGAGUAUUACAUAGACCAGAUCAACUCCAUGGCUGCUAGAAAGACAGUUCUGGCCCUGGACAGAGAGGAUGAGGAGGAGAGGAACAAGACCAUAGAGAGUCUGAAGACAGCCUUAAGAACGCAGCCCAUGAGGUUUGUGACGCGCUUCAUCGACCUGGACGGUCUGACGUGUAUCCUGAACUUCCUGAAGAACAUGGACUACGAGACGACGGAGUCUCAGAUUCACACCUCGCUCAUCGGCUGCAUCAAGGCGCUGAUGAAUAACUCUCAGGGCCGAGCGCACGUCCUCGCCCACUCCGAGAGCAUCAACAUCAUCGCCCAGAGCCUGGCCACAGAGAACAUCAAAACCAAGGUGGCCGUGCUGGAGAUCAUGGGGGCCGUGUGUCUGGUGCCAGGAGGUCACCGGAAGAUUCUGGAGGCGAUGCUGCAUUACCAGAAGUUCGCCAGCGAAAGGACGAGAUUUCAGACUCUCCUGAAUGAUCUGGACAGAAGCACUGGGCGGUACAGAGAUGAGGUGAACCUGAAGACAGCGAUAAUGUCCUUCAUCAACGCUGUGCUGAGUCAGGGGGCAGGAGAGACCAGUCUGGAGUUCAGAAUUCACUUACGCUACGAGUUCCUGAUGCUGGGCAUCCAACCAGUCAUCGACAAAUUACGAACGCAUGAAAACUCCACGCUGGAUCGACAUUUGGACUACUUUGAAAUGCUGCGGAAUGAAGACGAGCUGGCCCUGGCCAAACGCUUUGAAAAUGUUCAUAUAGACACUAAAAGUGCCACUCAGGUGUUCGAGCUGAUCCGAAAGAAGAUCAACCACACGGACGCCUUCCCGCACUUUAUCUCUGUCCUGCAGCACUGCCUCCACAUGCCUUAUAAACGGAGCGGGAACACAGUGCAGUACUGGCUCCUCCUCGACCGGAUCGUCCAGCAGAUCGUCCUGCAGAACGAUAAAGGCCACGACCCCGACGUGGCUCCUUUAGAGAACUUCAACGUGAAGAACGUGGUGCGAAUGUUAGUCAAUGAGAACGAAGUCAAACAGUGGAAGGAGCAGGCGGAGAAGAUGAGGAAAGAACACAACGAUCUGCAGCAGAAGCUGGAGAAGAAGGAGAGAGAGUGCGAUGCGAAGGCUCAGGAGAAGGAGGAGAUGAUGCAGACGCUCAGUAAGAUGAAAGAGAAGCUGGAGAAGGAGAGCAGCGAACACAAGCUGGUCAAACAGCAAGUGGCUGAACUGUCCGCCCGACUGCACGAGCUCAGCACCCGGCCGAACGUUCCCGGUGGUCCUCCUCUUGGCCCUGGGGCCCCUGGUGGCCCAGUUCCUCCGCCCCCAGCGCCUGCUGGCAUCUCUCCACCUCCUCCACCUCCAGGUGGGGUUCCACCUCCCCCUCCUCCACCUCCUCCAGGUGGUCCCCCACCACCCCCUGGCCUACCACCCUUCGGUGCCCCCCUGCUGCCUGGAGGUCUUGGGCUGAAGAAGAAGAACAUCCCUCAACCUUCAAAUCCACUUAAAUCCUUCAACUGGACCAAACUUAAUGAGACUAAACUGGAAGGGACAUUGUGGAUGGAUCUGGACGACAUUAAGGUUUUUAAAGUCCUGGACUUGGAGGACAUUGAGAGAACCUUCUCAGCCUACCAGAGACAGCAGAAAGAGUCCGAAGACGACACAGCGACCACUAAGAGGGUGAAGGAGCUUUCGGUCAUCGAUGGACGUCGAGCGCAGAACUGUAACAUCCUCCUCUCACGGUUAAAGUUGACCAACGAUGAGAUUAAGAGGGCCAUUCUGACCAUGGAUGAGCACGAGGAUCUUCCUAAAGACAUGCUGGAGCAGCUGCUGAAGUUCGUUCCUGAGAAAAGUGACGUGGACCUUCUGGAGGAACACAAGCAUGAGCUGGACCGGAUGGCCAGAGCUGACCGCUUCCUCUACGAGAUGAGCAGGAUCAACCAUUACCAGCAACGGCUGCAGUCUCUCUACUUCAAGAAGAAGUUUGCAGAAAGAGUCGCGGAAAUCAAGCCGAAGAUUGAAGCUCUAAGCACGGCGUCUAAAGAGGUGCUCGAGAGCCGUAACCUGCGGCAGCUUCUGGAAGUGGUGCUGGCUCUGGGGAACUACAUGAACAAAGGCCAGAGAGGAAACGCUUACGGCUUCAAGGUGUCUUCACUCAACAAGAUCGCUGACACCAAGUCCAGCAUCGACAGGAACAUCACUCUGCUGCACUACCUGAUCACCAUCCUGGAGCAGAAGUACCCCAAGGUGGCGCUGUUUCAGGAGGACCUGCAGAACGUUUCAGAAGCGGCCAAAGUCAACAUGACUGAACUGGAGAAAGACAUUAACAACUUGCGCAGCGGCCUGAAGAGCGUGGAGGCAGAGUUGGAGUAUCAGAAGGGCCGUCCUGCAGACUCUGGUGAUAAGUUUGUGUCUGUGGUCAGUCAGUUCAUCACCGUGGCCAGUUUCAGCUUCUCUGAUGUGGAGGAUUCACUCCAGGAGUCGAAGGAGCUGUUCCAGAAGGCGGUGAAGCACUUUGGAGAGGACUCCAACAAAAUGCAGCCUGAUGAUUUCUUCGGCAUCUUUGACCAGUUCCUGCAGGCCUUCACUGAGGCCAGGCAGGACAAUGAGAACACCCAGCGAAAGAAAGAGGAGGAGGAGCGCAGGGCACGCAUGGAGGCUCAGCUGAAGGAGCAGAGGGAGAAGGAGCGCCAGGCUCGGAAAGCGAAGGAGAACGGCGAGGAGGGCGGGGAGUUUGACGACCUGGUGUCCGCGCUCCGCUCCGGAGAGGUGUUCGACAAAGACCUGUCCAAAAUGAAGCGAAACCGCAAGAGACCGAACAACCAGGGCGCAGAGACCAGCAGAGAGAGACCCAUCACCAAACUCAACUUCUGAGCCGCCUGUGAGUAAACACUGAUACAACGCCGCCACCCGGUGGUGGAGCCCAGGAACUACAGCUGUGUCAAUUUCUCUUAUAAACUCUAGAUUCGACUUGAACUUUGUGGACAUGAUUCACGUUGUCAAAGCACAAGGAAGAGUUACCAUUAACUCUGAUCUAAACUGGAAAGCACAUCCACGGUGACACUUAUCUGUGCUGGCUGCCAAAAUAUCUUUUGAUUUUUUUUGUUUGUUUUUUUCCCCCAGUAUUUCUGUAAACAUGUCCAUACUGAAAGUGUUGGUCUGCAUUGAGUUCAGCACCGAUUUCUAUGGUGCUGGUACAUUGAAGUUGGCGGCUCGUGAAGAUACGGAGGGAUUCCCGUGUUUGGGAAUAAAGGGCUACGUUCCAUCACACAGUACAGCUGGGAUCACAACUGGUGCUGGAUUAUUGAAACCUCCUCAUAAAUCAUAAUGGUCAUUACAGUGGGCAGAAAUUAAAGGAAUAUCCCAAAAAAAUCGAACCUGAUCUUUAGUUUGUACUGUAAGAUCGGUUAUUUUGUAAAAGAACAGAUUCUAAACUCUUUUAUAAUAAUAGUCAAUGGGUAGUUGCUGCAUUCUGUGAACAAACCUUUGGAUUUUUUGACUGUGUAACAGAACUUUUACAUUACAGCCAUUCGAAUCUAUCAAUUACAGGUGUUCGGAUGAGGCUGAGAACCUGUUCUUAACCCUCUAUUGAACAAUGUUGCCUCAGGGCAACAAACUCAUGUCCCUCACUUUACAAUAACAUUACACAUAUUUAAAGACAACGAUAGUGUUAACAAUAAAGGGAAGAGUUUGUGUACGUCAAUAAAAAGCAUGUGCUUGGUCAUACUAUCUCUGUAAACCACUUUUUAAAUCAAUUUUUUUUCAUGAGAUUUUGCAGAAAUAGAUUUGUUGCCUAGAAGCAACACCCUGCGACAGUGAAAUGGAUUAAGCCAGGUCUCACCACUUCAGGGAACACUGCUCUAUAUCAUUUCUUCCCAUUGUCGCACAAUGUUGCCUCAAGGCAACGUACUCCAAAAGGACCCCUGCAUUUUGAAUUUAAUAAUCGGGUCCGAAAAAAUAAAUCAAGGACUACUUUAUGCAAGAAAAGUGAAUUGAUUUUUUUUUAAUUGCUCUCAUAAUGCGCGCAGUAGAGGGUUAAGAGGUUUCAUCCAACUUUACAUCACUGGAGUGACAGUAAAAAAAAAAGUAGUUGUGGUUACUUUCACUUUUCCGAGACUUUUUUUCAGCUAUUCAGAGAUGUUGACUCGAGUCGGUGACUCGGACUUGGGUCGCAUGCUGACUGACUUGCAACUUGCACUCAUUAAAUUUAGCCUGGGGACAAAAACACAUGUAAAACUGGUUAAGAAGUAGGAACGCCACCCCUAAUGCUACGGUCACGCGCACUCGUUACUGCAGUCUCGUCAGCAGCGUCAGGUUUGACACGGCUUUAAAUAACCAGCCGUCAUCAUAGAAGAACCUUCAGCCUCAAGAACAGAACUAAAGUGCUACACACGGUAAAUGCAGUGAUUAAAGCAAAGAGGCAAAACAGCUUCGAAACUGUCGGUCAGUCUGUAGUUUGUAUAGCAAGAAUGUAGCAAGUAUGCUAACUAGCGUAGUAGCUAAUUUAGCUUGUUUUUGUACAUUUCGGAUCACAUUCCUUUGCAUGAUUAAAGGGUUCUUUGCAUUAUGAAAGGGUUCUUCAGAUUGAUGCAACAUUUGCAUGAAUGUGCUAUAGAUGGUUCUCUACAGAACCUUUUUGAAAAGGGUUCUAUUUAGUGCCCAGAAGCGUUUUGCUGUUGUAACCAUGUCAAGCGUGUAACAAUAGAAGAACCCUUUCCAAAGAGGUUCUA